AUAACUUUUGUCACGUGAUAUCGAUUCAAAAUGGCCUCUCUCGCAAGGUUUGCAGUAGGAAGGAGCCUUCUUUCAUCGCCUUACUGGAGGCGCAGCAUCUCCCUCGCUUAUUGCAGGAAAUCCAGUUCUGAUUCUCCCCCAGGACACAGAGAGGGUAAUAUUGUCACUGAUUCCGAGCACUCGUAUGGUAUUGAGAAGAAGGAGAUUGAUGCCCUGAUGGACGGAGUUGAGGAUCCAUUUAAUCUAAAUAUAAACAGAGGUCCUCGGGGCACUAAGGAGCGUCCUACUCUUGUCCCCUCCUUACUAGGAGAAAGGAUUGUUGGUUGUGUCUGCGAAAAGGAUGCUACACACAUCAAGUGGAUGACUCUUCCCAAAGGAGACGCCAAGCGCUGCCACUGUGGACAUUGGUUCAAACUCAUAGAGGCUAAUCCGAACAAAAUUAAAAUCUAGAGGGAGAGAGAGCUGCUCAUAGUGACUUUAGACCAUGUACAUGUACUAUAAUACAACUGUGCAGAUUUAGCAUUAUUAUUAUUAUUAUUAUUAUUAUUAAUUAUUAUUAUUAUUAUUAUCAAUAAUGAACACGAUUAGUUUUGGUAGGAAUGAAGAUAUUUUUAAAGAAGAUAAUUUCUCGGAAUCAA